GGCUUUGUCAAGAUUUCUUGGUCUAAUAGGUUGGGAAGUAUUAUUUGUACAGCUAAACCAGCUUGAAUAUUUAAACAAUGUUGUGGAUAACUACGCAAGAUAUCAGACUUGGAGAACAGUAUGAGCUGAGUACUGAGUGGGAAUUAACCGUCUGGAGGAAGACGCGUAGCUAUACAAUUGAACACAGUCCAAGUACCCCCACGGUGCCAAACUAAAUAAACGUUAUGCCUUAAAAAUACUACACAAGCAACGAAAAAUAAACACUGAUGAUACAUGUGGCUACGCUCUGCGUAUUUAAGCUCCACCUUGAAUGCUUGUUUACGGUCGGUCGCAAAUGAUACACGUGGAUAAAAUCAAAGUUUAACUAUUGCAUGGCUUGAAUUUAAAUACUCAAUAUGCUGAGCUGGUUGAAAUGAUCUAUGGAAAGAACACCAAUGAAUCGUGCAUUGUAAAAAUGGUGCAGUCCUGCUCUGCUUUUGGCUGUCAGAACAGAUAUGAUAAAACUAAGGGUGUUUCUUUUCACAAAUUUCCUCUUGCAAGACCCAGUCUUUGCCAGUUGUGGGUGGCAGCAGUGAGACGCAAGAACUUUAAACCUACAAAAUACAGCAGUAUUUGUUCUGAUCAUUUCACUCCAGAUUGUUUUAAACGUGAAUGUAAUAACAAACUUCUAAAGGAGAAUGCUGUUCCCACAGUCUUCCAGUUCACCAAAUCACGGAGCAGUAAGAAAGAAGGACUUUGUUAUUCAGAGCACCAAGGUUCCAGAAAUCCUGUUUCAAUGGCUUUCUGUCCAGAUCCAUCACUCCCUGCACCAGCUGUUGGAGAUUCACUUCCACUUUCUAUUUCGGUGCAGUUUUCUGAGAGCUGCUCACCUCCACUGCACACCUCCAGCAAUGUCAUGUCAUGUGACCACAACUACACUGUGGACGAUACUGUGCAGCAGAAAAAAAGGAUUCAACAGCUUGAACAGCAAGUUGAAAAACUAAGAAAAAAACUAAAGACUUUGCAGCAAAAGUGCAGGCGGCAAGAGAGGCAGCUUGAAAAAAUGAGAGCUGUAGCCCAUUUACAAAAGGAAAAAGAUGUACUUUUGGAACAGUCAUGUGUUAUUGUUCCCAGUGAUUUUCUCAAUUCAGUGAAAGUUUUGCCUCAAUGAAGAAAUAGUACUGGUUUGUUUUGACACAAUAAGCAAUCACACACUUGAAAUUUUUUUAUUCUGAAAUUAGCCAUUUAUUAAAAACAAUACAUUUUUA